AAACGCUUGGCGCUAACUUUGGCAGGUUGACAUGUAAUUUGAACUCUAUCAGCCGUCGUUUUGCAUAGCGCCCGUCGAGUGACUCUCACUAAUUCCGGUUUCUUCAGGAUGUCCAAGGACGAAGAAGAUUCGUCCCUCGACUCCCCUGGCCCGUUUCGCUACGACGUUCUCCCUCCCCGAGCGCGUCGACCCCGGGGCCGAAUAAAAACGUCAAAUCCAUCAUCUGACGGCUCCCAUCAUAAACGCUCAAGACUUUCCUCUGGAAACUCCCCAAGUGUGUUGCCCGCUGAAGAUCUUCACAGUAUGAAUCUCAACACUAUCCCGAUAGUGGCUACAGUCCCAGAGACGCCUCGCAAAAAUCAGGCAAGAGAGAUCCGCGCGAAGCUCGUUUACUCUCUCUAUAACGAGUCCGGUAAGUCGCAGGCCGAUGGUUCCCCGAGCAAAGCUCUUGGGAAGCCUGCAAGGUCACCUGAAGCCACUCGCCAAAGGACAGAACGUCUUCGCGAGCUGUUCCAACAGGAGGCCGAUGGUAUGGAGUCGGCAGGAUCCCUCAGUCCAGUCCGUCGUGGCUCUGAUGUCAGCGAAUCGCCGCACCCUGCACCCACGCCCGCUGAGCUCCAGUCUCCGACACCACCUGAAAAUCUAGCAUCCGAUGAUACCGUCCCUGGCUCCUCUGGGAGCGAUUCCGAAAGAGCAGUUAUCGCCCCGCCGUCCCAGCCUGAUUCCUCAGCAGUUCAGAAAGGGUCUCCAUCAUGUUUCUUGUCCGAUGGUCAUUUUAUUAUAGGGUCUAAAGAUAUCCCUUCCUAUUGCGAGCUUCAAAACCAAAUGACAAGGCACAAGCUCCCUUGGGCUGUCCAAUACGAAACCUGGCGGUACAACAUGGCACAAAAAGAGCACCCAACGUUUUCCCAAUGGUGUCAAAUAUUUCACUUUCUGGACAAGCAUGCCCGUCGCUCAGAAGGACAUAUCUCCAACAUCACAGCCAGAAAUUUUUCCAAAGUCUGCGCGGCUUUUCUUAACGCACCUGCAAUGGGUGACGCUGAGCUGUCGGAAAACUCUAAGCUCAUAAAUGAACUUGAAAUGCACCUCGUUGAGCCUGGGGAUACAUCCCAAGACCCGUUUGUCGAGCUAGACCGGGAAGAAUUAGAUAUCAAAACAUGCGAGUUGGCACGACUUGGUGUCAGUAGGUCCCAGGGUCAAGCGCUCCCAUGGUAUGGUGGGAAAGUUGUCCAAAAGUUCCGUCUCUCUUCGGAACCCACGUCGCGACGAGACAAAAAGUAUGCAUUUCAACCUGAAAAACUUGAAAUAGGGCGAUCGCACCGGGUCUCUCGUUUCUAUGGUUCACGUCGUGUGAUCUCGGUCUCCAUCCGAGACUCUAUCGUACGCCAGGCAACGAACCGGCUAACCGAAUUCUUUUCGCACUCGUUCGUCUUUAGUGGCAAGGUUUUUCAGGCAGUUUACGCCAAGGAAGCCACGGUGUAUCUCGUUGAAACAGGGGACUUCAUGCCAUCGCACACUUCGACUGCAGGAAUGCUCCCAAGCCAUCUGAGCUCUAAUGGCCGCCUCAGCCUUUCCGAGUUUCUCGAAUGGCAUAACCCUCUUCGUUUGAAUCAAAAACAGUCGAUGACGAAAUAUGCGGCUCGCUUUGCACUGGCUUUUUCGACGUCGGUGCCUGUGUGUCACAUAGAUCCCAAAAACGUAAAACGACUUCCAGAUAUCGAGCGACAUUCAGGUGAAGAGAAAACUCCCUCUCACCUAAUCUUCACUGAUGGGUGCGGGUUCAUGAAUCGCGCAUUGGCCAACAUCAUUCGGCAACGUUGCAAUCUCGUCACCAUCCCUGUGGUCGUUCAAGGCCGCUUUGGGGGAACCAAAGGCUUGUACCUUUUGCACCCAGAUCCCAGCUUCAACAGCACUGACGAGCCAAUGCUGUGGUUCCGUGAUUCACAGAAGAAGAUUCAUAAUCGCCCUGAGACCCCGUGCGACGUUUCCCAGUUUGCGCUGGAUUUACUUCAACCAGCCCGCCUCGGACUUCCAGCUAGACUUUCAAAAGAAGUCCUGAGUUGCUUGAGCUAUGGCGGCGUGAAGACGGCGGCUCUCAAUUCGUUAUAUUGUAAUGGGCUACAUACGGAGUAUAAGAAGCUUGCUGAUUGGGAAGGCGAUCUCGCAAUGCUGAAGCUAUGGGAUGCGGUCUGCGAAACGGAGCAUAUAAUUCGUAUGAGGGCAAGACGUGAGGCGUUGGGAGCCGCGCGGGCCUUUGGUCUCGGUGUGGAGAAGGGCUCGGACGCUGAGGUGCCGGAUGUUGACGAAGACGAGAAUACAGCUGGGCAAAUGACGCUGGGCGAGAUGGUGCUUGCAUUCCUCGCUGCCGGCUUCAAUCCAAAGACUCAACCAAAUUUGGCAAUGAAAUUGCGAGUCAUUAUGUCUGGUGUUAUAGGCCAGUAUAUUGAUCGCUAUAAAGUUGGAGUCCCACUGUCAGCUGAAGGCCUUGCGGUGCCGGAUCCUUUGGGAAUUCUCGAGCCCGGAGAAGUAUUCUGCCGCUCUAGCACGCCCUGGCUGGAUUCGGAUGGACAUUGGCGAGACACGGUACUCGGGCCAGUGCUAGCUACGAGACACCCCUGCAAAGUAGCAUCAGAUGUCCAGAAAUUCGAAGCGGUCAACUGCAUGCAGUUGCGUGAUUACCUGGACGUUAUCAUCUUUUCGACAAAGGGUGAUCGAUCCCCCAUGAGCCUACUUGGUGGUGGUGACUACGACGGCGACACAGUGCUUCUUAUCUGGCAGCCCGAGAUCGUCAGCGAUUUUGAGAAUGCCAAGACUUGUCGGGCAGACCCGCCAGCGGAUUUCGAAAAGCGGAAUUUUGAAACUGAACCCAAAAAAGUAACAACUUUCCUGGAGGAAACUGAUGGAGAGAAACAUCCGGAGAGCCAAGCGAGAAAGGCGCAGAAAUAUUUGCUCUCCGCACUCUCUGACCCUUCGGUUGUUGGCCGGUAUUCAAUUAUGCACGAAAAAACGGCAUUUCGACUUGGCUAUGAUCAUCAUGAGACCGUGCGGCUUGCCCAAAUGUUCUGCACUUGCCUUGAUGGCGCCAAGUCUGGUCUGAGAGUCCGGAAACAGGUCUUCGAAGCGGACCUUAGGAAGUACGAGCGCUACCACAUUCCUCAUCUGCAGAAGAAAGUGGCCGAAAAAAAAGGGUCUUUCGCCAUUACCGAUAGUCAAUUACAGAGGGUCGAGGUCCAGCGAUCCCCCCAGCUUGGAGAGGAUAUCAUUAAGAAACUAUACGAUACGGGCCAGAAGAUCCAGGGAGAGCUUCUCAAGGCGUGGGAUUCUCGUCAAGAAAAGGCAGACAAGCGCCACUGGUUGGACAAAGAUUUGACUCGGCCUUACGAGGAUGCAAAGGAUCGAGCCCGACGAUGGUCGGAACAGUAUGGUCAAGAUGCUAUGCAGUUUGCGCUUCGCCAGAUCGAAGACGCAGUGAAGGAUGCUCGAGCUCUCUACUUGAGAUUCCAUCAGCGGCGGCUAUCGACCGCUGAACGUCAAGCCAAAGUUCGAGACGUGUCUUCCCAAUAUGUGUCCUCCUUAACCAAGAUCAACAGCGUUGCAUUCAGUGAAUCGGAAGUAAAGAGGGUAGCAGCCUCGUAUUGUUACGUAUAUGACCUGGAGGAGCAUCCCCGUCGAAAUCAUGGGACAGACUUUCCGUUCGAUAUAGCCUUCCGUGACAUCGCGGCAAUCAAAGCUUCAAGCACGCUUACGCACUCUACGAUCACUCGUGAAUUCGCCGACCUCUUUGUUUUGCAUCGCAGCACAAUGAAGCUUCUCAUGGCUCUUUGA